GAGAUGGUGUGCUGUGCCCCAUGCUGUGGUGCAUGAUCCCGGUUCAGUGUAGACAGCCGCGACAUGGGCAAGAAGAGAACCAAUAAGUUCCCACGGCCGCAGUUUUCCCCAAUCGGGCCAAUGAAUAGCAUCAAGGAGGAGGAGGAGGCUGGAGAAGUUUAUUCGGCGGCGGGGGAUUUGCUUGAGAAAUUACAGAGUGCGAAUCCUGACAUUCGUGAAUUUGCCUGUGCAAGUAUUUCCAAACUCGUCCAGGAGAAAAAGGUGAUCCCUUCAUUUCUGCAGAAAGAUGUUGUUCGGUGUUUGGGGCCUCUGCUACUUGACCCAAGUGUUGGUGUGAGAGAGACAGCUGCUGGUGCACUCAGAAACCUUAGUGCUUGUGGAGGAUAUGAUGUUUGUGAUGAGAUGGUGAAGCAAGAUGUAAUGACUCCUCUUACCGCAUUGUUGCAGGAGUGCUGUACAGAAUUAGAUGCAUAUGGCAUCACUUCACAGAAGCAGAAAGGUGCAGAUAAACCCUUUGUAGAAGACAUAGCAAAUGAGGCCAUCAGCAUUCUCUGGAACUUAUGUGAGAGUAGCAGCACAGCAGUGUCUGUCUUUAACAAAGAAGGGUUAUUGGAUGUCUGCAUUCAGUGCCUAAGACGGUUUAACCACAAUGUAGAACUAGCCAUUUCAGCAGCUUAUUGUCUACAUACAAUCAGUGAAGACAAUGCCGAGCUUUUGCCAUCUUUAAUUCCCUCAGCGCUCCAAGUGUUGGAAAUGGUGCUUCUGUCCUCAGAAGAUAAUAUGGAGCAUAUGCUGUUGAGGACACUCGCAGCAGGUACUGUGUGGAAUGUGAAGAGUGUUGUACCCAUCAGCAGUCAGGCAAACACAAUAAAUGCUGUUAUAAGGAUUCUAUCAGAAACUUUGGAGAAGAACACCAACCAGAUCAUUCUGAAUCUUGGGGAGGCUGCUCAUGCAAUGCCCAAGGUUGAGGCAGAAAUUGAAAUGGAGGAGGAAAUGAUCGAUGCAGGUGAUGCUGUUUCCAACCUAAAGGAUGGGAUGCAGAAAACUGCACAUCAAGGAAAAGCAGAGAACAUGAUAAAUGAUGACAUUUCUGACCUUCUGCCAGCCCGGAGUGAGGAGCUGAAACAUGCCACUGUUCUGCUGGCUGCUCAACAGACUGCCUUGGAGAUCAUUGUUAAUAUGUGUUGUUCAGAAGAUCCUUCAGACGAUGAAUGGGAGGAAAUGUCAAGCAGUGAUGAAAGUGAUAACUCUAUGACUGAAGGGGCUGGGAUACUGUUUUCUCCACCCUGUCUAUCUGCAGAAGUCCUGUCUGCACUUGUGAUCUACCUUAUUCCAAAAAAGGUUCUGGAGAAGACAGAGUUCCCAGACAGUGGGACUGUAGAUGUAUGUAUGAAAUAUCCAACUUGGCAACAUCUAAUUGCAAAGAUGAAACGAAUACAGUGCAGAGCCCUGACCUGUCUCCAUAACCUUUUAUCAGUAUUGGACAUAGAGGAGCUUGGGGGGCCAGUUGCACUUCAGGGUCUUUCACAGCACCUUGCAAAGCUUGUUUUCUCCCAGUCAGAGCUGCCAAAGGAUUCAGAAUUUUUAGAGGCUGUGACUAGUGCAAUAAGGUCAUUGCUGCAGAGAAUAGCUUCCCAAAAUCUUCCACAACAGAGCCUGACUGCACAACAGCUAAUGAUAUUGUGUGAGGCAGGAGCUCAGUGUGAAAACACCAGUACACGAGUCAACGUGGUUGCUAUGAUGGGAAUCCGUGGCAGUGCACUCGCCAAAGAAGAUAACACUGCCGAAGUGCUUAAGAUGAUAGGAAAUUUUUUGCUUCAAGUAGCCAAUAAGGAUUCCUCACUUGUGGUGGUUGGUGAAGCCCUGGAUGCCAUCAUUGAUGUGUUUGCUGAUGGGAAAGAGGCAGAGAAGGCCGCAGAGCAGAUGAAGCUUGUCCAGGCCCUCAAGUCCUUACAACCAGUUUUCAAAUCAAGGAUCCAAAAGGAAGGUAAAGGUGCCCUCAGUACAGAUCAGCGACUGAUCCUUGACAACGUGAAGGUUAAUCUAAAGCGAUUUAUUGCCUACCAAGAGGCUUUAGUAAAAAAAUAAGCAGAUGACCAUGAAGGCUGAUUUUAAAGGAAAGUUGAAUUUUAUAUUUCCAGCUGAGACUUUCUUACUUUGACACACACAAUUGUAAAAAUGUUGAUGCUCAGUAAACAGUUUUUUAAAAUGUGAA